AUGCCUGCCGCAAAAGCCCAAACUCACUUCAAACCCAUCCAAAAGUUCAAGCUUGACUAUGCCCCUAUUGGCAUUGCUCAAUAUGAGUCCGAGCGCACUGGAAUGCGCGUCGUCGUGGUCGAUCAGAAAGGCCCCAAAGUCUAUGGUUAUUUCACUCUAGCCACAGAGAUCCAUGAUGAUUCCGGCUCGCCGCAUACUCUUGAGCAUCUUUGCUUUAUGGGUUCGAAAAACUAUCGUUACAAGGGUGUUCUCGACAAGCUCGCCACUCGUGCUUACUCCAACACUAACGCCUGGACCGCCACUGAUCACACCGCUUACACCUUGGAGACCGCUGGCUGGGAAGGAUUUGCCCAGAUUCUUCCCGUCUACCUCGAACACGUGCUUGUACCCACUUUGACCGAUGCUGGGUGUUACACCGAGGUCUUCCAUGUUGAUGGUACUGGUCAUGAUGCUGGUGUCGUCUACUCUGAGAUGCAAGGCGUCCAGAACCAGCAGGGAGAGCUUAUGGAAUUGCAGGCAAGACGACUGAUAUACGAGACUGGUGGUAUGAUGGAACAGCUCCGUGUUCUUACGGCUGACCGCAUUAGAGAGUUCCACCGUGAAAUGUACCAACCCAAGAAUUUGAGUCUCGUGCUCAUCGGUGAGAUCGACCAACCCGAACUCUUGCAGUUUCUCGAUGAAUUCGAAGGUACCAUCAUGGACGAUAUCCCGUCACCCGAGACUCCUUUCCAACGUCCCUGGGUUGAGUCCAAGCGCACACCACCGCUUAAGAAGACAAUCGUAGACACCGUCAAAUUCCCCGAGGAUGACGAGUCCAUGGGUGAAGUGCUUGUCGGCUUCCUCGGUCCCGACUGCAACGACCAUCUGCAGGCAUCUGCCCUCGGAAUCAUGCUUAUUUAUCUUUGCGGCUCUUCCGUCUCUGUGCUGGAGAAUACUCUGGUCGAAAAGGAACAGCUGUGUAGCAUGAUCUACUACUCUACUGAUGUGCGACCCGACAUCGCUUUCUGGUUCAACCUGAGUGCCGUAGAGACCGAGAAACUUGUCGAUGCUGAGAAGCGCUUGUUCGAGGUUCUCAAGGAGACCGCUUCCAAGAACCUUGACAUGGGCUAUAUGAAGGAUUGUCUCAGUCGCUACCGCAGACAACUCAAGUUCAGGUGUGAGAGCACAGGAGACUUCUUUGCCACACCCAUUAUCGAGGAUCACUUGUUCGGCAGCAGAGACGGCAAGGAUCUCCGCGAACUGGAAACCUUAAAAGACUUGGACGUCCUCGAAGGAUGGUCGGACCAGCAGUGGAGAGCCUACCUUUCAACAUGGUUCGCAGAAGCCCAUCACGUGUCUAUACUCGGUCUGCCUUCAAAGGAAUUGUCUAAGAAGCUCAAGACCGAUGAGAAGGCUAGAGUCAAAGCACAGAAGGAAAGACUCGGCGAAAAGGGACUCAAGGAGUUGGCCGAAAAGCUGGAGCAAGCCAAAGCUGAGAACGACAAGCCCAUCCCAGAUGAGGUACUUUCGCAGUUCCCAGUACCUGGAACCUCGUCCAUCCACUUCAUUCCGACAACAACUGCUAGAGCUGGCAGAGCUAGGCAGAUGGGCAAGCUCGACAACGGCAUACAGCAGAUUGUCGACAAGGACGAUUCUGACAUUCCCCUCUUUAUUCAUUUCGAGCACAUCCCGUCCAACUUUGUUCGCACGAAGCUGGUCAUGUGCACUGGCUCGCUGCCUACUGAGCUCAAACCUCUGCUUGCCGUAUAUCUCUCAAACUUCUUCAUGACCCCCAUCACCCGCGAUGGAAAGCGCAUCGAGUUUGAGGAUGUUGUCACCGAACUCGAGAAGGACACUGUAGAUUACGACAUCACCUCAGGCCCAGGCAAUGGCGAGCUUCUGCAGAUUACCUUCCAAGUCGAGGCCGAGAAGUACUCUGCCAUGAUCGAUUGGCUGCGCACCACUCUCUUCAGCUCCGUCUUGGACAAUGAGAGACUUCAGACCGCCAUUACCAAGAUGCUCGCCGACAUCCCUGAUGAGAAGCGAAGCGGUAUGGAUAUGGCUACUGCAGUAGACUCGAUGAUUCACCUCACCAGAGACUCGAGCAGCCGCUCCAGAAACACCCUCGUCAAGUCCGUCUACCUCAAGCGCCUGAAGAAGCACUUGGCGAAGGACCCAGAGUCGGUCAUCUCACGCCUGCAAACCUGCAUCGACACACUUCACAAGCCUUCCAACUUCAGAGUCUACGUCGCUGCAAACAUGCACAACCUCUCGAACCCCGUCUCAGCCUGGAAGUCUCUUCUCAGCAACCACAACGACGAUACUCCCCUGCAACCCCUUGACUCCCGUAAAUCCAAGCUCAGCGAGAUCUCCAAGAACCCUGGCAACACAGCUUACAUUAUUCCUCUGUCCACUAUUGACUCCUCAUAUGCCCUUCUCACCUCUCGCGGUCCGGACAGCUGGUCUCAUCCCGAUCUACCCGCUCUCAUGGUCGCUCAGUCGUACCUCGAUGCCGUCGAAGGUCCUCUAUGGGCAGCAGUCCGUGGCACGGGUCUCGCCUACGGCACCGGUUUCUCUCGCUCUACCGAUGUCGGCUUGCUUACCCUACGUAUCUACCGCUCACCCGAUACUUUCAAGGCCUUCCUCGCUGCCAAGAAGGAAGUCGAAAACUACGCCACUGGCGCUACGCCCNUUGACAAGUUUGCUUUGGAAGGUGCCGUCAGCAGCAUCAUCAUGGGGUUCGCAGAUGAGCAACCCACUAUGGGUAGUGCCGCCAACUUGUCCUUUGUCAACCAAGUCAUCAGAGGUAUCCCCAAGAACUGGAACGAUGCAAUGUUGGAGAAGGUUAGAAAGGUCAGCGAGGAAGAGAUUAAGGAUGUGCUCAAGAGACUCAUCAUGCCCAUCUUCAAUCCCGAGUCUACUAACUUGGUCGUCACUUGCGCUACUAUUAUGGAAGAGAACCUCGUCAAGGCCUUCACAGACGCCGGUUUCAAGCCCGAAGUCAAGUCUUUGUCUGACUUUGAAGACGAUUACGGACUCGAAAACAUCGAAGGUGAUGAUGAUGAUGACGAAGAUGAGGACGACAACGAAGAAGAAGAAGAAGAUGGCAGUCAAGACGGCAGCGAGGAAGACGAUUCCGAGGGUGAGGAUGAAGAGUAG